GGGUUUUUCUCAAAGCUGGUGCAUUAUAAAAACCAUAACCAAGUUCAGUACAGCACGGGGAAACAUUCCUAACAAAAAUGUACAAUCAUUUUAUACUCUAUAUAAAAGUAUGCAAUGCAACACCAUAUUAUUCGGUUAAUUUUGGUUAAUCUCUCAUAGUUCUUAGACAUGAAUAUUUGACCAACCUGCUUAAGUUUCAGGAUGCACAAGCUAACAAACUGAGUGUGUUUAUUGCAGGCAUAUUCAGGAGGUUAUGUUGAGUGCAAGGUUGAGUGCAAGAUUGCGUGCCUGAAUUAUUUUACAGCUUAUUGUAAACUUAAUUGAAAUCUUAAUUUGAUGCAGCGGUAGUCGAUACCAAAUGUUAAAGCUUUGGAAAGAUAUUUGUGACACCAAGCUUUACGGAUUUUGCAAAAAGUCUGGAUGAUGAAAUUGUGAACGGACUUAAGUGUAUGUAGACAUAAUUUAGAUGUGAAAUGUAGUACAAACAUGGCUUAAUAAAAAAAAAAAAUUAAAUAAAUCAGACACUUGUCAGACUACUUUGCCUUCUUGAGCUUUCACAGUUUCUGCUCUAGCCACAUGCUUCCUCCUGUCCUUCCUUUGUUCUUCUUUAUGCUUUUAUUAUUCAAUUCAUCUUCAUUUCCCAUGGCUUUUAGUUUUCAUUUCACCUCAUUAAGUUAAUGUGGCCCAAAUUCAGAUGUAAGAAGGCGGAGCGAGAGCGGGACUUGGCUGAUGAGGCCAACCGACUCUUCAAGCAGGAGUUUGGAGACAAGAUUGAGAGUCUGCAAGAAGAGGUGGAACAGUUACAGAGACAGAGAUGGCUUUUGGAACAAGAGCUCAGGAAAUGGAGACAGCAACAUCCUGGAGGUCAAAUGUCUGAAGCUCUUCUAGAAAACACGCCGCCUCAGAGAGACAUGAGACAGCAUGUGGAGGACAUUAGAAGGGAGUUAGAGUCUGUCAAAAAAGAAAACGAUACAUUGCGUACUGCGCUUGAGGAAAAGUCAAGUCUAAGUUCCAGUUCGACGCUGUCACAUGAAAAUGAACAGGACCAGUCUCUUUGUAAAGACGUUGACCCUUCAGUCUGCCCAAUGUGUGAAAACCAAGACUCUCUGACUACACCCAAGAGGCAAUGCAAGAACUGCAGUGGCGUGUUCUGUGAGAACUGCAUGGCAAAUGAACUCCCUCUGCCCUCCUCCAUCAACCCUGAACACCUGUGUGACGCCUGCUACUCUCAGUUAAUGCAGCAGUAUGCGUCCUCCCCAUCCUGAGGGGGCGCUCAUCUCUAAGCACAGACUAUACUGGCAGUAGCUUCAACGGG